AUGGGUUCGAAACGAAAGCGCGCCGUGAGGGAUACCCUCACCGGGAGUCUCCCAAUACCAAAGAAGUCCAAAGUCGAAAACACCAAGAACGAACACGCUGUCUCCAAGGCCGAGAAGCAGAAACUCUUCAACGACACCACUCCCUUUCCCGAGAACUUGUCGAGAGAAGAUCAUGAUAGGGAAAGGCUGCUCUACAAGCUUCUCGGCAGCGAAGAUGUUGAGGACCGCAUUGGGGCUGCUGCGGCCAUCAUCGGAGGGCUGUUGGGUGGUGAAGGUGUGCCCGAAGCCGUUCUGAGGCGCCAUCUCGAGCGUCGCCUCUUCCGCGGCCUGGCUAGUGGCAACGAUGCUGCGCGUGUCGGCUUCAGCUACGCGCUAACCGAGAUCAUGAGUCAACUCCAUGGCGACAAGGCUCUGGCGACCUCCAAAUACCCCGGGCUUGACUUCGUUACCGUCCUCGAAUUGCUGGUGCAGAAGACACAUCCAACAGGAAACAUCCCAGGACAAGAAGAACGAGACCACUACUGGGGCCAGCUCUUUGGCCUCCAAAGCUUUGUUCAAGCUGGCAUUCUGUUUGACAAACCCAAACGAUGGCACACCGUCCUCGAACUGCUCCUCAAGGCUACCAAGAAGAAAGUCUGGCUCCGACCGCAGACUGGCUUCGUCAUAGCCCAAGCCAUACCGCAGAUGAAAAAGGAGGAGGUGCAUAGGACACUGGCUGAGAUCACGGAAGCAGGAUUGGCCAAGACACCAGAAGGACUGGGAAUAUGGCUAAUCGCGGCAGAUCGCUUCCCCGACCUGAAGCUUCCCAAGCCGUGGACAGACCCCUUUUCAUCCAAAUCUCUGCAAGAGGUCGCGGCAGUUCUCAAGGGGAGCGGCCAGACUGAGGGCGAGGGUGCCGACAAGUCCGCCGCAUCAGGGGUCGCAGGAAGUGCAGCAAAUCAACUGGCGUUCACAUGGGACCUGCUUCUGAAUCAUUUUGUGAAAGCUGCAACGUCCGGGAAACCUGGUACUCAGGACGAAUUCAAAAUGUUUUGGGAUAGGGUUAUCGAUCAGAGCUACUUUUCCAAGAACGCCUCUGACUUUCAGAAGAUCACUGGCUUCAAGAUUUUUCAGAAGUUCUACAGAGAGGCCGCUUGGCAGUCAGAAAUGCUGCAGGACCUCUUUAGCAAGAACUUCAUGACAUGUAUAACGAAUCAGACUACCAAUGCGGGUACGAGACUGCAUCGCAUGGCUAUACAGGUUCUCAAAUCUCUGGAUAAGACUGUUGAGGCGCACCCUGUCCUCCUCGCACCGACCUUACGGGGCCUACUCGGAGAGCACGGUAUCUACAACUUUGACGAGCGUGUCGAGGCGGGAGGCGAUGGGGCCAAGCCCGUGGAGAAGCUGCUCAAGCACGCCAACGCGGCCAACGCCAGUGAUGUCAUUAAGGUCCUGAAGCAGUGCGUUUUGCAUGCUGGCAAGGAGGAAGAUGACGUGCAGAAGCGAACGCAGACCUAUGCCGACUAUCUCGCGAGGCUUGUCAGCAAGACUGGUCUGGCAGCCGAUGAUGAUGCCGCCGACGCUCCAUCCGCUGGAGGCCUGGCUUUACAGGAACUUGCCAACCUGGCAUACCCGAAGCCCGGCAAGAAAGGCGCAGCCCCCUCUCCGGCCAUACAGGAAGCUUGCCGCACGAAGCUCAUGUCAGCCGUUGGACACCUCCUUAAAAGACCUGCAGACUUCCCUGCCCUCUGCAGCACCAUUCUGUCAAUUGACUCCGACGUAAUCGCGAUGGCUGACGAGAUCAAGUCUGAAGUGGUCGAUGCCUCUAAGAGACUCCGCAAGUUGGUCAAAAAAGGAGGCGACUCUGCUGCCAGCGGCCCCGACCAGGGUCUCGCUGUGCUGCAUGCAGUCGCUAUCCUGCAGCUCUACAACGAUCCAGGUUCUGAUGCUAUCGAGGUUCUUGGAGAUACCAAGGAAUGUUAUGAGAAGCUUCAUGGCAAGGACAAAGUCGAUGGCUUGGAUAUUUCCGAAAUUCUAGUGGAAGUGCUCCUUGCAAUACUAGCUGGCUCGUCGACUCUGACCAGGAACGCCUCGAUCCAAGUCUUUGAGUCCUUCAGCCCCUUGAUGAGCCAGAAGGCGCUCGAGCUUCUGACGGACAUCCUUGCCGCGAGCGAGAGCCAAAGGGGGUUGGAUUCGAUCUUCAAUGCUGGCGAGGGUGAGAUGGAGGAUGAGGACGAGGACGAAAGCAUGGAGGAUGUCGAGGAUGACGAUGACGAGGCCUCAACCCCAGAUGGAGAAAGCGAGGAAGAUUCUGAUGAUGAAGAUGAAGAUGAUGCCGAGUCCAAAGAUGAAAGCGAGUCUGAUGACGAGGAUGACGAGGAUGGCGAGGAAACUGAUGACGGCACUGCUUCGAAGAAGGGUGACGAUCUGGAAGCUUUGCUGAUGAAGACAUUCAAUGUGUCUCACACCUUGGACAAGGAUCACGAAGCAGAGUCGUCCGACGAUGAUGUCGACAUGAGUGACUCCGAGAUGCUCGCUCUUGACGAGCAGCUGUCUGGACACUUCAAGCUGCUCAAGUCCAAGACGACCAAGAAAAAGGACCGCGAAGAGGCCAAGAAGCAGGUCAUCGGGUUCAAGCACCGCGUCCUGGAUCUCCUCGAGGUGUACGUCAAGAAGGAGGCGCCCGUCCGCAACGGGCUCGUCUUCACGAUCUUUGUGCCCCUCCUGCAGCUCAUCCAGACGACCAAGGAAUGGCCCUUGUCCAACAAGGCGGUCAAGAUCAUCAACGAGGCGCAGAAGCUGCUCAAGAAGGCCAAGAAGAACGACGCCGUCGCCGCCGCCGCCGCGGACGACGAGCUCGACGUCGACGCCGCCGUCGCGCAGCUCAGGGCGAUCCACCUGGCCGCCAAUGACCCGGGCGAGAGCCGCGCGUUCGCCCAGGCCGUCUCGGCGGCCAGCCUAGCCGUCGCGGCCACGCUUUUCGCCGUCGACCGCGAGAACUACCGCGUCAUCCGCGAGGUGUACGCCGAGACGCAGGACCGGUGGGUGCUCGAGGGGCUCGGGGUGCGGGCUUCCUUCUUCACGGACUGGAUCAACUGGUGCCAGGCGGCUAGUUCGACGGUGAAGGCGUCGUAG